AUGUUAGAUGCAUGGUCUGCCUACUCAAAGCCGGUGCCUUCAAGCUGCAGUGAGCUCCUGACUUUAUUUCUUCAGUGCUGGUGCAUUGCUGUGCUGACAGGUGGCCUCCUCUAUAACUGGAUGUUCUCCUCGCUAGAGUAUCCAUUUCACCUCUCCUCUGCAAUUGCUGUUUCCUUCAGUCUGCUACUUCUACUGAUCCUCUUCUUGGUGCAUCCCGUCCGCUGCAUGUUCACCAUAAUCAUACCUACGUUGGGCACUAAACAAGGCCGGAGGCUGCUCUUGUCCACCUGCUUCAUGAUCGUGGCAGUUAAUACCAUACCAAACAUCAUGGACAACAUUAAAACCAUACUGCAGGUUAUUAAAUGCAUUUGCAAGAAUUACUCAGAAAGCCUUUUGACCUCAACAAUCCUAUUGGGAAAAGCUUCCAUGCAGUUUGGUCACCAAGUCAAAGAAGUCACUGACAAAAUGGCAGAUAACUUUCUGAUGCCCAGGAAUGGACAUUUUCAGUAUGCUGUGGAUCACCGUAGUUCCUGGGUGAGGGAGCAAAUGCUCAUUGCUAGUCAGAAGAUCAAGGAUGAUUUCUCUGCUGUCGAAUUGCUGGUCAAACAGGCAUUGCUGGUAGCCAACAGGGUGGCUGCUGGCUUCUUCCUGUUCUAUCUCCUUUUUGAGUCCGCUUGGUAUUUGAAAAGCUAUCUCACUAACCUCCGAUUUGACAACAUUUACAUCACCAAAAAGCUGAAGGGCGUGGCUAUGGACAAGAAAGCAGCCCAUCUGCUGACCAGCUCACCGAAAAAACUGAUCAGAUCCACAGGCCUGAAGCUGUCCCGGGAGGAAAUGAUGCUGUGCCUGGUGCGCAUGAUGCUCCCCUCUUUGGUCCUGAUGGUGACAGCGGUGAUCAUAGCAACGGACUACGUCGCCUUCCACUUGGCAGAUACAGCAAUGAAUGAGGUGGCUCAGUUUCCCACAGUGCCCAUAACGCUCAACAUUAAAUAUGAUGCCAAAAUAAACGCUCUGCCCUUUAUCGGGAAAAUUUUCAAUGGAGUCAUCUCUGGAGAACAACUCAUUGUGAACUUUGAAAGAACUUACCAGCAGAAUCUGACCUUCAUCUCUGCUGAUUGCACAAUGAAACGGCCAAGCCCCCCAAACAACUUUGUGGCCCUUGCUGUCGGAAUGCUCUAUUGCAUCAUCUAUGCCAUGAUAUUGCUGGAAACCUACGCACAACGUUUGCGUCGAAAAAUCUCUGCCUCCUUCUUCGAGACACAAGAAGAGCAGAGAGUCCAGUACCUCUGCAGGGUGCUAUUAAAGAAACAAGAAGAAGGAGCAGCAACCGCUGCAGAAGCUGAGAGGGAUUUGUAA